AUGGAUUCUAUCGCACGGCAGUCAGCAAAAUUAUGCCCGUUCGUGAGCAGGGCCACGUCUUCCUUGAGGAACGUGCAGACCUUGCAGCAGGGAAACAUUAGCGCAAUGGCGCAGCGCUGCCCAUUUAUGGGCCAGGCGAUGCAGAAGGCGCACUUGACUACUUCUGCCGCAGCGGGCGCUGCAGCGGCCGCACCCGCGGCGCAGGAGGCUUCUCGCGCUGCUGGGAAGGAUCAGAGCUCAGUGAUGGCGGAUCGGGCAACGCAGGAGGCCAAAUUUGACUACGAGGGCCUUUUUGAGCAGGAUCUCCAGAAGAAGCGGCUUGACAAGUCCUACCGGUUCUUCAACAAUAUCAACCGGCUCGCCAAGGAGUUCCCUAUGGCUCACCGCCAGCAGGAGGAGGACAAGGUCACUGUUUGGUGCUCUAACGACUAUCUUGCGCUGUCCAAAAACCAGCAGGUGGUGGACGUCAUGAAGCGCACCCUCGACAAGUACGGGGCAGGCGCGGGCGGUACCCGUAACAUUGCUGGCCAUAACCAGCACGCUUUGAGACUGGAGGCGGAGGUCGCGGCUCUCCACAAGAAGGAGGGCGCACUCGUGUUUUCCUCGUGUUUCGUGGCGAACGAUGCCGUCAUCUCACUUCUCGGCCAAAAGCUCAAGGACCUCGUGAUCUUCUCAGACGAGCUCAACCACGCUUCAAUGAUCGUGGGCAUCAAGCAUGCCUCGACCACCAAGCACAUCUUCAAGCACAACGACUUGGAGCAUCUUGAGGAGCUCUUGGCGAUGUACCCCAAGUCCACCCCCAAGCUCAUUGCCUUUGAAUCUGUUUACUCCAUGUCCGGGUCUGUCGCCGACAUCAACAAGAUUUGCGAUCUGGCCGAGAAGUAUGGCGCUCUUACCUUCCUAGAUGAGGUUCACGCUGUGGGCCUCUACGGCCCUCAUGGUGCUGGUGUUGCCGAGCACUGUGACUUCGAGUCUCAUCGUUCUUCCGGUAUUGCCUCACCCGCCCACCAGACAGUUAUGGACCGUGUUGAUAUGAUCACUGGUACUCUCGGUAAGUCUUUUGGUACUGUCGGUGGCUACGUCGCCGGCUCUCUAAGAUUGAUUGACUGGCUUAGAUCUUACGCCCCAGGCUUUAUUUUUACGACUUCAUUACCUCCUUCUGUCAUGGCGGGUGCUGCCGAAGCUAUCCGUUACCAACGCUCUCACUUGGACCUAAGACAGGCCCAGCAGAGACACACUGCUUACGUCAAGCAAGGAUUGGCCGACUUGGACAUCCCUGUAAUUCCUAACCCAUCGCACAUUGUUCCUGUGUUGGUCGGAAACCCCGACCUUGCUAGACAGGCCUCCGAAAUCUUGAUGGACAAGCACCGCAUCUACGUGCAGGCUAUUAACUUCCCAACAGUCGCUCGGGGAACGGAGAGAUUGAGAAUCACUCCUACCCCAGGCCACACCGACGAUCUGUCAGACAUUCUCUUGGACGCAGUCGAUGAUGUUUUCAACACUUUGCAGCUACCCCGUGUCAAGGACUGGAAGAGGCAGGGUGGUUUGUUGGGCGUUGGCCAGUCAGACUACAUGGCUGAGCCCAAUUUGUGGACUGAGGACCAGCUCCAGCUGAGCAACGAUGAUCUACACCCCAACGUUAGAGAGCCAAUUAUCGAUCAGCUUGAAGUGUCUUCUGGGAUUCGGUACUAG